UUCGAUAGUUAAAUUCGUCGAACUGAUUGCAAAAUCAACCACAAGCUGUCAAAAUCAUAACCCCACUGUCCGCAGAAGAUGCCCCCUGCGACCCCUCAGUCCACCGCCCCUGCCCCUGCCCCUGCCUCCGCCUCCGCCUCCACUGCCGUCGCCGUCGCUUCCACCGCCAAUCACCGUCAAGGAAACCCCAAUCCCAACCUUAACCCUAACAGAAUUGACCUAAAGAACGCCAACAAUCUCAACAGAGCAACCAAUUCCCGUCUCUCUUCCGUAGUAGACUCCGAUAUGCCCGACCCGAAUUCCUCGACAGGCGCCAAUUCCGCCGGCCAUCCCUCCUCUUCAACGCCGAUCAAAAUUGACGGAUGCGAGGAGGACAUAAUUUUGGGCAAGUCCAAGUACUUGCAUAAAAUGGAAGUUCUCAAACGGCGGCACCGGCGAACGAAGCAACUACAACGUAUAUACAGAGACUGUUACUGGGCGUUAAUGGAAGAAGUGAAGCUUAAGCACAGGGAAUAUUGCUGGAAGUAUGGAACGAGCGCUUUUCAAGAAGACGAAGAUAAGACUAAGGAUGGCGGCACUCUAGGGGGAACUGGAGAGAACAACAAUGGCAAUAAUGCAGUUAAUAGCAAUACGUGUGGGGUUCAUGGCUGCAAGUCGAAGGCAAUGGCACUUACGAGGUUUUGUCAUAUGCAUAUAUUGUCGGACUCCAAGCAGAAGCUCUACAAGGCUUGCAAUUAUGCCAUCAAAAGGUUUGCCUUUUAUUCUUUUCUACUUUGUGUUUGACAGAUUAUGUUUUUG